GACACUGUAACCCAAGGGAAUUUUAUCUGCACUUCACAAAAGUCUGGGCAGUUGCAACGCACGACAUGACAUGACUUGUCAACUCGCAUCUUAACCAUCGCAGCCUCUUCUUUUAUUUAUCUACCUUGGUAUUUAUUUACUUCUAAAACUAUUCAUACUAUUUAUCUUUUUGUUUUGCCCCCCCUGUCAACUUGUCCUUCUCAAAGGUUGCUAAACAAAACAUUUGUCCACAGCGACAAAGCUGCCUUGGGAAAGAUGGAGCUCCUCAAACAGCUCCUCGAGUACAUCCUCACGCCCUCGACUGAGAUUUUCAUCAUCGGUGCCAUCAUCGUUCUCGUCCUACCGACUCUCGUCCACUUCUACAUUGUUCAGACCACGCCCUACACGUCACUCCCUUCCAUUUUGCUAGCAGGCCCCCCCGGUGGUGGAAAGACAUCUCUCGUCACCCUCCUCGAGACUGGCGAUAACGCCGCUGCUACCCACACCUCGCAGGUCCCGCAGUCCAUCGAGCUGACUGUAUCCGACGACCAUGGCGCCGCCACCUUCCGCGAGGCCGCGCGCAUCGACGCCCCCGGCUCCCAUCGCAAGUUUCUACUCGUCGACACCCCGGGUCAUGGCAAGCUGCGGAACCAACAUGCCAUGACGCAGAUCGCAUCCAACACCCUGCGUGGUAUCGUUUACGUCAUUGACGCUGCGACUCUCGACGACUGUCUGGCUGAUGCCGCUGCCUAUCUUUACGAUAUCCUGCUCACACUACAGAAGCGCACGGGCGCUGGGAAAUCCGCUAAGGCACCUACCGCUAUCAAUGUUCUGAUUGCCGCAAACAAGUUGGAUCUAUUCACCGCGUUGCCUGCCUCGCUCGUUAAGAACCACCUCGAAGCGGAGCUCGGCCGGAUACGGCAGUCCCGCAGCAAGGGCUUGCUAGACUCGGGCGUUGGCGCCGACGACAUCGGGUCUGAGGAGCAGGAUGAUUGGCUAGGACAGUACGGCUCAGAGAAGUUCUCGUUCAGUCAGAUGAAGGAGUUUGAUUUUGACGUCGAUGUCAUUGGUGGCAGUGUCCUCGAGGGCAAGGUGGACAAGUGGUGGGAAUGGAUAUCCGAACGAAUUUAACCCACCUGCAUGUGGACAGACAUGAUAUUUAUGCGUUAUAACAAUGCCUCCGAACUACUUAUAUAAUUAAUGAAACAACGACAGCCCUUCUGUUUUGGAUUAGUAUCUAAACCACCAUACCCUCACGGGCGCAUGUUUUGCAUUGGAGAGAUUCGACAUAAAUCAGUAUGAGAGUU